GCCCGGCGAGCGGAGAACCUCUGGUAGGCGGCACGUCCCAUCGGCGACCCCUCACUGCUCCCCGCCGCUGCUACCUCCGUCCGAACUGCGCACGACAUGAGCCAGGCCCGCUGGACCGGGAAGAGAACAGACAUGCUCCCGGAGAUCGCCGCUGCAGUGGGCUUCCUCUCCAGCCUCCUGAGGACCCGGGGCUGCGUGAGCGAGCAGAGACUAAAGGUUUUCAGCGGGGCUCUCCAGGAGGCACUAACAGAGCACUACAAACACCACUGGUUUCCUGAAAAGCCGUCCAAGGGCUCCGGCUACCGUUGCAUCCGCAUCAACCACAAGAUGGACCCCAUCAUCAGCAAGGUGGCCGGCCGGAUCGGACUCAGCCAGCCCCAGCUGCACCAGCUGCUACCCAGCGAGCUGACCCUGUGGGUGGACCCCUACGAGGUGUCCUACCGCAUCGGGGAGGAUGGCUCCAUCUGUGUCCUGUACGAGGAGGCCCCGGUGGCUGCCUCAUACGGACUCCUCACCUGCAAGAACCAAAUGAUGCUGGGCCGGAGCAGCCCCUCGAAGAACUACGUGAUGGCGGUCUCCAGUUAGGGUCCCCCGCCGCCCCCGCCAGGCACGCUACUGUACUCAUUCUGCCGUGACAACAGGCCACCGCAUACCUCAACCUGGGGAACUAUUUUAAAUGAAGAGCUAUUUAUAUAUAUAUAUAAAUAUAUAUUUUUUUUUUAAGAAAAGGGGAGAAAAAAAAAACCAAAAGAUUUUUUUAAAGAAAAAUCCUUAAAGGGAGCUGCUCAGAAGUGGCCUCCCCAGGUGCCUUUGGAGAGAACUGUUGUGUGCGCUUGAGUCUGGGACCCAGUGCCUGCCUACGGGAGGGGGCGAGUCAUGAGGGGGCGGGCCUGGCAGGGGUGAGGUGGGAGAAGCUUGGCUGGCCCCCCAGGAAGAUGUGAGAAGGGAGCAAGCAAGGUUAGCAACUGUGAAUGAGAGUGGCCAGGAUCUGGCGUGCAGCAGGGAGAAGAGAGGCUGAGUUCAGACCUCUCGCUCUUCAGAGCAGGAUACCUGCCUGCACCCCUGGGCCCUCUCCUCCUCAGGGGCAUUCAAGCCUGGAUUUCAAUUAUGCUAUGUUGCCUAAUCUUCUAUUUUUCCGGGGAGAUCUAGGGCAGAAAGUGAAAAGUCCUCUCCCAGUUGCUUCUAUCCUAAGCAGCUUUUCUCGAAAUCAUGACUUGUUUCUGAUUCUACACUCAGGGGCCUGUAGAUGUUGCUUCUCAGGCAGGAAACAAAAAGCUUUUUGUUUUGUGGGGGUCGUGGGGGGGUAAGGCAGGAGUUAGAGGUUAUUGGGGUUAGGACGGAAGGGUACCUUGCACAAAACCUUGGCUUUGCUAUGUGCUGCUCUGUGCGGGGGUGAAUAACUUGGGGGUGGUUUGCAAUGGAAUUUUGGGACCCAAAGAGUAUCCACUUGGGGAUAUUUGUUUUUGGCCAAACCCUUUGUUUGGAACCACACGAAACUCCUGAUGCUGCCGCCACUACCCCUUUGAAAGCUGACUCAAAAGCUACGGGGAACUCCAGGUUCUUUAUUACUGCCUUCUUUUGCAAAGCACAACACUCCUCCCUGACUCUCCCGCUCUUGUCCCCUUCUGGUUGGGUCAUGGAGCCGCCCAACUUUCCAGAACAAGAGCUCUCACUCACUGUGCAAUAUGGCCUCCUGGGUCCCAGGAGAGUCUGAAGGGGAACUGCUUCCCGGAAUCCCCUGGUGCCCUGGAGGACUUAGGGAACUCUCCCUCCUCCCUCCAUGCUUGGGACUCUGGCUGGCUGGUCAGCCUUGUAGGUGUUCCUUGGCUGAAUGGGAGGCCCCAAGUCCUGCAACUACUUGGUAUUCGUGUAGGGCUGACACUAAAAGCCACAAUCCUGGGCACUGCUUUUUUUUGUUUGUUUUUUUUUUGUUUUUUUCUCCCCCUUCUGUGGUGCUCAGAGCACCCGUGGGGAAGUUGCUGUCUCAGUACAAUCCAAGUUUGUCUCUAGACUUGUGCAAUAUUUACUGUUCUGGGUUGGAGCCCAUGGAAGUCCAUACUGGGAAGAAACCCUUCCUACGGUUUUUCAGUGACAUUAGUGAGGAGUCCCUCAGAAGGCCUUGAGUUUUCCAACCCCGAAUCACUUUAGAAGGGUGUAGCUACAGCAUCUGGUCGACCUGGCUCCCCUCCUACAACAGCCUACCUGGCUGUUGCCCCUUAGUGAGGAACUUUUCUCCCUAACCAUCCCCUACCCCAGGGGUCCCUGCUCCACAGCCAGUCCCCUUCCCUGGAUUCCUGAACUAGUCAGUCCUGACACAAAGGUGCUAUUUACCAAACACUCUCCCUCCCCGCCGCCCCAUUCCUGCCAAUUCUGCCCCCUUUUCAACUCUAGACUCCAAGCUGCCUUCCCAGACCCUGCUUCCAGCCUUUCUUGCUUUAAAG